AUGAAUGUGGCACCCGGUCUACUUUUUGUAAAUCUAGCCAUACUCGUAUCUGUUUACUAUAUGUGCUUGCCUCUGCCACUGAGAAACGACACCACAGUCAUUAUUGCAGAAGACGAGACUACACCUUCACUCUCUGGAAAGACUAGCUUACUCCAUACUUCACUACUCGAGAACGCAUCACGUUUCCUAACAAUGGCAGCGACAAAAACUACAGCGAACAACACGUCUAUGGAAACAGUGAAUCCCACAACAGCAAAGGAUAACGCCAAAGGAUCGAGUCCCACAUUUCAGAAGUCCAGUAGCUGGAUUAAACAUUUCGUCACGCAGCCAGUCUACCUGCCUGUCAAUUCUCCACAAGAAGGCCGCGAUGUUAUAUUUCUUCUAAUGCAGGUAUAUUUCGCAAAAGGAAGGAGGGCAUUCAAUGUUUCAGAAAGAUCGGCCCAAAAUGUUUAUAUGGUUCCAACAAUUUUAAUUGCUCUCGCAACUCUACUUGCGACUGUUACCCUAACAAUAUUACUGCGAAAGGCACGGAGUCUCGAGUUUGUACGAAGCCCAGCAAUUCAGUACUAUCGCACUGUAAAUGACGAAACGAACUCUCAGAUGACGAGAGCAAAGGCUUCUUUGUCAGUCUUAGCUGGAAUGAAGGGUGUUUAUCAACGCGGAAGGCUGAAGGAGAUCAGCGAUGUGUUUACACGCCUAGGGAUCAAAUCUCCUCCACAAACAGCUGAUGAAUACUUUGCUAGCAGCCCUGCUAAAGACAAAGCUAGCGAACAACCAUGUAUACGUAUAAAGUUGCUGACGGCAGAGGAAAUUGCUCGAGAGGACCUCUAG